AUGAGUCAGAGCAGAGGCCUGUCUGCUCUUAAGGACCCUUUUGUCGCUGAGUUUGAACCUUCAGCUUUCUCGGAUGAAUAUGACUUGUACCCCAAGAUUAUCCAGGAUGUUCAGCGAGCCCUAGAACUGCAAUCUCGCAGACGAGAUCGCAAGUCAUUCACCCCAUCCCAGCCAACUGUCAUAGAAGAUCAAACCCUUAUCGAGCUGCGGCAGGACACAUCUUUCCAACACUCUCCUCCAGCUUCUCCACCGACUUUCACUCAUCCCUCACGUCCUCCUCUGGACAUUGACUUCAGCCCGUCUGUCCAGGCAGUUCCCCUUCACCCUGUCCCCCUUUCUUCGAAUGCAGGUGCUACUUUGGAUUGGACUGGGUCCCAGUCUGAAGAAGAAAGACUUGAAAAACGUUGGACAUUGGGAAAACGUAAAGGCAAAGACAGACCCUCGUUUUCAAACAAAGCCGUAUUGGAAAAGCAAGACACUCUUUUUGCGGAUAGGAUGUCUAGAAUCAGAUCGAAAGCGAAACAGCCCACAUUCCGAAAGGCAGCUAUUGUUAGCGACCAAUUAGGACGGAGGUAUAACCUUGUGUAUAACUCCAUGUCGAACGAGGACCCCAUCAACCUCGCGAAAGCCGCGCGGUGGUACGCUGAUUCUGAUCCGGGCGCACAAGCCUGGUUAGAUAGCGCUGAGCCACUCACUUGGCUCAAACACCUAUUUAGCAAAAAUGGCGGCAAACGAUCGAAAUGGCAUCUGUCGGCUUUGAUCGUGGAAGAAUAUGUUAAAUCCAAUAAGAUAGAUUAUAGUUUGCCUAUCAUUCGUGACGAUUCUACCUCUGCUCGUAGGGGAUCACUCCCUUCAGAUGUGUCUCUAAUCCUUCCGUCAUAUCCUUUUCAUCCGAUCCGAUCCUCCCCCUCGCUACAUCAUUCUUUUGGAGAUUCACUCAGAAGAAUACGCUCCUCAGAUGGCCAAAUUUCAUUCGAGCCUAGAAUUGACUCUACGCGCAGCUCGAUAGAUGGCGAUUACAGGAGCGCUGCUGAAAAGAGUCGAGGAUUGCGUCAUAGCUCUCCAGGCGGACUUUCACCAGCUAGCAGUCGGCACCUUCCGUUUGCUCAACGGAUACGGCGUCGGCAGGUGGAUAGCGAUGAAGGAUCUUCCUCAAUCAUUCACUCGCAAUCGGACGACUACAGUGGGUCUUUCGCUGGCGUUACUGGACAUCGGCGCAAGAGGCGCGAUCGGGGGCAGCCUCAUGCGCCUUCAUCAUAUCUACUAUCACCCCGUGAAUCAGGAACAGAGACCAAUACUCCCGGCCAGAUGUCGGAUGUACACGAGGCAAAUUCUGCACCUAUGGAGGAUCCAUUGCCCUCUGAGCCACCUUCGGAACGUGGGAUUGAACUGCCACCUAACAUGCCUGAAUCUGAGGGUUUCGCCACUCCACCGCAAGUUAUUACACGUCAGAGACUAAUUCACCGGAUGUCCCUCCCUGUCCCUGACGUAGCCAAGAAGCCAGAACGAAAGCAGCUCGAGGAAGCCGAGGAGGAAGAAUUAGAGCAUGAGUAUGAGAAGAAGUUGCAGACGCUAGAUGAACUUAAGGCGCAGAACCAUCGGGUACGCCAGAAAUUGCAAAGGAUCGCUGCAGAUGUCCGGGAAUACGACAACAUGCAAGCGAGGAUGGCCAAUACGCACGGUAUUCCUCAUCAAGGUCUACCUGUAGAACUUUUAGACGCUUUUAAUCAGGAUCCUUCAUCGGUCACUGGCGGAACUCGGGAACGGAAAGGAUGGAGGGCCGUCGAGGACGUACACACUCGCAUUCUUCGUCAACAACAAAUUUUCAGGAUGUACCUUUCUGUUUCGGAGAAACAUGUAGUGCCAGAUAGCUUGCUCGAUGAGCCCAUAUCAUCGCUUAUGGAUACGUUGGGCAAACUGGGUCAUAAGAGGGAGACUCUGGCGCACAAGGAGUUGGAAGUUGCUAGCGCUCUGGCCAAAGUCAAGACUCUGCAUACCCAAGUCAAGAACGAGUAUAACAAUACCCUCUCGCACACCUCCAUUGCUUACCCAGAACUCUCCCAAAUCAUCGCACUAGAAGAAAGCUACAAGGAUCAAUACCAACAUAUCUGGGAGUUCGGAAUGGAUGCUUUGACGUUCAUCCUCGACAACGUUGCGCCGGUUUGGAGGAAUUAUGGGAGGACUAUUGGCGAAGAUAUCACAGAUUUCCUCAUUAUACCCUGGUAUCGGAAUGAGUUCACGGGAGAGCCGAAGCGGUAUGAUAUCUUGUCGUUUCCUCGCCGCUCCAUCCGCCACUGGUUCACACUCUUUUUCCUCUUCUUGUCUACAUUCGCCAUCGCCUAUCUGCAAAUGCGCGCAGCCAUUCUUUGUACAUUCAUGUACAGGCAUCCCUGGAUCGACAAUUCAGGUUUUCGAUGGUUGAUCAUGCCGUGCAUAUGGAUCGCUUUCCUCAUUCAUUGGUUUGCUGUUCUCUUCGAGGUUGGAAUCAUCAUGCUGGAGCUUAGAGUCGUUGCUUGGUGGUUGGGUUGGUCGGUGGGCCUUCUUACCUGA